GAAAUAGCCAUGGGUAACAGUAAUGCAACUGUCAGUGGUACGGAAGUGCCGAGGCCUGCGGAACUUGUGACGGACCUCCACCGUAAAUUCCAAGAGGGCCGCGCAGACCCCGACGAAAAGCCGUUGCGUCGCUCGGGCCCUGUGCUGCGGCGCAACACGAGCAUCAGGAACAGUAUCAGGAAGAACAGAGCGAUGGGGCUCCAGCCGCGUCGAAACUUUCUCCUGCGACGCAAGACGCGAGCUCCGCCGCGUCGCCGAUCUCUUACUCCGGACGAGAAGGAAUUCCUCGCUGCGGCAGCUGGGGGAGAUCUCGAGGGCGUGCUGGAGGCUCUGCGGAACGGCGUGGGGCUCGAUACUGCAGACGCAAACGAGAUGACGGCGCUGCACCACGCCGCCAAGCACGCGCGUGACGACGUCGUCCGUUGCCUGUUGGACCGUGGAGCAGCUCCGAACGCCACGGACCUUACCGGUGGAUUCACUCCGCUCCACUGGGUCAUAAUCAACUCGUGUCCGCCAAUCGGCUCCACGAACCACGUGGACGAGUCGGUCAUAGCACUAGCCAGGGCCGGCUGCGACCUGAACUCAACCGAUUUCAACCUCGCAACACCUCUCCACAUUGCCGCACAGAAGGGACACAAGAGCACUAUCGACACUCUAGUCCGGCUCGGAGCAAACCCCCAGGCCAAAGACGUGAUGGGCCGGAGCUGUUUGGAAAUGGCAAAGAACGGAGAAACCAGGGAGUUCAUCCAAUCGCUGCACAGCAAAAAGGAGAGCGUUAUUUACCACGUUUUGGAGGUCCCCACGUCAAAUUCUCGCUCACCGUCUCCCCCGGCGCUCCCCGAACCGGGCAAAAAACCUCGCCUCUCUCCCAUAUCCAUCCCCAGAGACUCCUCCUCCUCCUCCUGCCGUAAUCCCGACUCUGGCCUCUUCCAGAAUCUUCCCCAAUUUCGGCGGCCCUUCGAUUCCCCUGGGUACCCCGCGCCACCUCCCCCCAAGUCCCCCACUUUUUCCGCCCAACACUCCACUCACUCCAGAAUGUCAACCCCCGAGUACUCCGUAGUCGACGUCCCCCUACCGUACAAAUACCGGCCCCUCCCUCUCCUCCCUACCCAGAUCCCCUCACCUCUCUAUCGCUACAGCUCGGCCUACUCCUCUCCCGUCCCACCUCCCCCUCACGCCAUCGCUCGACGGAGAGCCUCUCGAAAAGUAUCAUCAAACCUCUCUUCCAGAGCUCGUAGAUUCCACUAA